AUGAUUCACGCAUUCGGCGCCACCGCCACGACCGCCGUCCCUUCUUCAACUCUUGUCCGAUAUAAGUUAUACCAAAAUGAAAGACUACAAAAAUCCUUCAAAUUGAAUGCCACAACUAUAUUCCAGAAGAGACCAGGCAGCCCACCAAACUUAAUUCUAGCAAGAGCCCACAAAACCACUAAAUCCAACUUAAUUACUGAGGCUGAGGAAGCCAGUAGUAUCAAGCGGGAAUUUCAAAACGAAGAAAUUGUAGAACAACAUGAUGAGGAUGAAGGGUGCCCAUGGGAAGGUGCAAUUAUUUACAAACGGGACCCUAGUAUUUCCCAUCUGGAAUACUGCACUACUUUAGAAAGAUUGGGUUUGGGAAAGCUUUCCUCGGAAGUGUCGAAAUCUCGGGCUUCGGAAAUGGGUAUUCGGGUUACCAAAUCCGUGAAAGAUUAUCCGAAUGGGACUCCGGUUUUGGUUUCCAUUGAUGUGACGAGGAAGAAGGGGAAGAUGCGAUUAGAUGGAAUUAUCCGAACUGUUAUUAGUCUUGGAUGCAACAGGUGCGGUGAACCUGCUGCGGAGAGUGUCUACUCGGACUUAUCAAUUUUAUUGUCAGAAGAACCCAUUCAAGAACCAGAGACUAUAAACAUGGGAGUAAUCUUUGGGGAAGACAAAUUCAAGAGUUUUGGUAUGAGUGAAGAGGAUGAAUCGGAUAAUGAUGCUUUGAUCGAUCCAGAGGAUCAUCUAUAUUUUCCCCCGGAGGAAAAAUUCAUCGACAUUUCAAAGAAUAUAAGAGACCUUGUACAUAUAGAGAUUACCAUCAAAGCUGUAUGUAAUCCGAGUUGCAAAGGUUUAUGUCUCAAAUGUGGUACAAAUCUUAAUAUUAGCAAUUGUAAUUGUAGGACAAAUGAGGUGGAGGAAAAAGGUUAUGGACCCCUUGGAGCCAGGCUCUUCUUGUUCAUACCAGUUCUGAGUGGACUAUUUGUCCCCCAGCCACCACGCGGUGACCUGCUCAAGCCGUGGGAACACCUUGAGCAGUGCACCUGCAGCAGACGUAAUGGUAACCACGACAUUGAAGGUUGGACUCCAAAUUUUCUCACGAGGCUUGAAAUGCAUGUUCUAUUUACUUUGCAGAAAUUGAACUUGCUCGAUUAG